AUGGCCUUUCUUAUCCCUACAUUCGACCAGCUUUUGGAACAACUAGGCUACGGCACUUCAUCUCGCCUCCAGUCUGAAUGUUUCCAGAAGGGGGUGGAGAGGUUUGUACGUGAAUUUAUUUCUUCUGAUGGUGAGAGAGGUAUCGAUCUUCGCAAUUGGUUUGUCUAUAAAGACGCCUUCGACGACAUGGCCAGAUUGUUCCUGGACGACUUGGGAGGUGGACGGCAUUUCUGGCCGGACAAGGACACCACAGCAUCCCCCCUACGUCUAAAAUAUACUACUGAUCAGGCGGAAGCUAUCAAUACGAACCCGCCAUAUAAGCUACAAAUGGAUCAAGACUCACGCUCUUCUUUUACUUCACGAACAAACAAAGACUAUACCGAGAACUUGAAUAAAAUAUCCAAGUUCACAUACUCUGUAUGGAAGGCCACUAAAUCGGUUACAUUCGUUUCCGACUGGCAACCUCAAGACGGCUUUCAGGUAGGCUCUUUGAGUGGGCUUAUGAGCAGGCUGCCGGGCGCGCGUGAUGCAACAGGAAUCAGAAUCUCGAUGAAAGGCCCAGGGUUCUUUAUUACUCAGUCAUGCUUUGGGGAAGAUGACUUUGAUCGACUGAUGGGCCAAUCUGCCAAGCAAAUUGACCGAUGUCUGGCUCUUGGUGUGGAUAGUGGACUCGAUGGCUACUGUCUUCAUACUGAUUUCAUCCUUCUCACGGGACAAAAGCCAUCCUCGCGGUGGAUUUUUAGUGGCAGAGGAUAUUAA